AAAAAGCAAGAUGCGGCGUCACGACAAUGGCAAAAAAGGCAACGUGGAUAACGCAAACAAGAAUGCCACUCCAAAGCCAAUAAUCGUACGGCUGCUGACAAGUCGUGGACCAGGAAUACGAACGGAAAAGGGGAUAAGAGCAGUUUUUCUGUAGUGGUGAAUUUUCUUAAGGAAAUAUGACAAGCCUAACAGUGAUACUUACAACGGAUGUUCAGGAACUUGUUAAAGUAGCUUUGCCUCUGUAAACCGAACACUAUAAGCGUACACGUUACUACACUGCAGCUGAACGAAUUCAUGCUACUUUGACGAGCGACACAUGUAUUUCUAUAUUAAGUAAUAAUAUAAUUUUCUACUGGUCUGUAACAUCUAUAUCGGUGCUGUAGUAAGCUGUAUCUUCCUUUAUGCACAGACUUGAGUGUAUGAAGUUCUCUACAUCGUUAAGUAAUGGUUUAAAUGGCGGUCAGAAUCUGACAAGUGCGACUUUUUUCUUGCCUUAGACUCUACCAGCGACAAGGGCCAGUAUCCGUGACUCGUUUUAAUAGGCACACUCCCCGUUUCUCUUUGUUAUCACUUCUGGUGGAAGGGUACUCGGACGGAAGCAGAUGCCACUUCACCCCGACAAGUCAGAAUCAUAAAUCUCUUAUUGCUCUGCAACCGAAAGCAUUGGAAAUGUGUGCUCUAAGCCUCUUGUGACAAAGCAUUAAUCGGCGACAUAUAAUGUCAUCUUUGUUAUUUUUAGCAUGGACGGCAGCAACACAAAACCACUCAGGAUCAUGUUUCAUCAUUGGCCACCGUAUCAAACCGCUUCGUACCGGGAUGGCAAGCUAUUCAUGGCGGGUGCGGGUGGAAAUGCGCUCAAUGCUGUCGCCAGCAGCUUAAACUUCACAUACACCGUCACGCGAGCCUUUGAUUAUGGUGUUCGUUUGCCGAAUGGUUCGUGGACUGGAAUGGUUGGCGCUCUACACAAAAGGGAAGCCGAUGCCGCCAUGUCUGUGAUGGCACUCACCUACGAACGGCAUGCAGUGGUGCGCUUUGGUCCAUGUAUCGACACCAUUGACUUCAGCAUGCUUUCAAGUUCGUCCCCAGAUCGAUUUGACGCUUUCGGCUACAUCCGUGCUUUCGAUGCUGAGGUGUGGCUCGCCGUUUUCGUGUGCCUCGUCUGUCUUUCGUGCCUGGUAGCCCUAGGCGGUUGGAAAACAAUGCCGACUCAGCGCGGAAAGUACGUCACCUUUCUGCGCUUGGCGUACGACUACGGCUGGCAAUUGUUUGGACUGCUCUUCGCUGAAAGUUCGCCGAGACGUUUUGCGCACGCAUCGCAAAAACUGCUGAUGGCUGCAUGGCUGGUGACCGUUGUCGUGCUGGCCAACUCGUUCGGCAGUCUCCUAAAGUCUAAACAAGCAGUGUUCAACUUCAAACCAGAAGUCGACAGUGUUGAUGACCUUGCAGCAAGACCAUAUCUUACGCCUGUCAUACCAAAAGGAAACUACUACGAGGCAUUUGCAGAGCACAGCCGUUCGCAGGCAGUGAAACAGGUGUGGGAUCGGUCACGAAGCCGAGGAGCCGUGUAUCCACCUCCGGAGCUAUUCUCAGACGCCACGAUGGCACAGGUGGCUGCGCGCCGCGCCGUGGUUCUCGCCGACCACGGCUCGAUACUGCUCCAGAUGGCCGGCUUCUGCGAGCGCCAGAACGUGCGUACCUUCGUUGUGGCUAGUAAGCCGCUUGAGAAGUCACCGUUCGGCUACGUCUUCUCUCGGAGCAUCGAUGAGAACUUCUUUCGGAAACUCUUUAACAAGCAAGUCCCUAACCAGCUCUUUCAGUUAGGUUACCGCAUUGAGCGCUACUGUACUGCUUCUAGUUACGAUACUUUGAAUGAGUUCAAUUCCCGAACAAUGUUCCGUCGGAUCCAGGAGACCGGGCUAAUGCCCAAAUGGCUGGCCGAUGGCAAGGGAAACUGGCAACGCUGCAUCCAGUCCGGGGAUAUUACUGUGGACAGCAUUAGCUUGGAAGACACCAUGCCCUUUUUCCUCCUCUGGGGCAUCAUGUGCGCCAUGGCCUUCUGCGCUUUGCUUUGCGAACUGAUAUGCUUCAGAUUGCUGCGGGGCCGCCCCGCCAACAGACGCUGA